AUGAAACUAUACUCCGUUACCAUCACCAGGCAAAUUGUAAAUUAUCCCGUCUGCGGAUUUCAAUGGUUUACACACACCAUAGCCGUGAGCUUCAAGGCCACGUGCUGCCAUCGUCGCCCUCCCCACAACCUAGACGUAAGCAGUCGCGACCCGCCUUCCGGCGACCACCCAUCGUCCCCGAGUAGUGCAACCGUCCGCGCGAGUAGAAGCAGCGCCCUUUGUCCUCCGAACAGCCCUUCCAUGAGACGCCGACGGAUCUCCGAGCAAACUAUCUGCCAUCACGGGCCCAGCCGAGUCAAGUUCCUUACAGCAGCCCCGUCCACCAUCACCGCUGAGGACUCAGUCUGUGAAUCGGCCACCGUUCGACGUCGCAACCUAACCGUUCCUUGCCAAGAAGUUCGCUCACAGCAGCCAGGACCUAUCCGCACUUUAGAUGUCGAGUCGUUCGUCCACCCGUCCGUUCAAAGGAGUGUAAUGUUGAAAGGCAGAGGCAUAGUUGGCAGGAGAUGUGAGCAUCUGUACAAUAGCCGUUAUCGCAGUCGGAGCUUUAUGGCACUUCCGCAGACCGGAGAAGACUGUGCUUCUUCUUCAAGAAGCGUCGGGCGGACUUCCUUCGCCGAGUGA